CCCGCCCAGGGCUGGGGCGUCUCCUGCAGCUCCACCCCGGCCCGCGCACUGUCUGUCUCGCUCGCCCUCUCUCGCAGCCGCAGCCGUCCCGUCCCGAAGCCAUGGCCAAGUACUCAAGAGGCACAGUGAAGGACUUCUCUGGUUUCGAUGCCAGAGCUGAUGCAGAAGCUCUUCGUAAGGCAAUGAAAGGAAUGGGCACUGAUGAAGAGACUGUCCUGAAGAUCCUUACAAGCAGAAGCAAUGCCCAACGCCAAGAAAUAGCAGCUGCUUUUAAAACCUUAUUUGGCAGGGACCUUGUAGAUGACCUGAAAUCAGAGCUGACUGGCAAGUUUGAAAAGCUGAUGGUGUCUUUGAUGAAACCGGCACAACUUUUUGAUGCCUAUGAACUGAAACAUGCUAUUAAGGGAGCAGGAACUAAUGAAAAGGUGUUGACUGAAAUUCUUGCCUCCAGGACACCUGCAGAGCUACGGAGUAUAAAACAAGUUUAUCAAGAAGAAUAUGAGUCUGACUUAGAAGAUAAGAUCACAGGAGAAACAUCUGGUUUUUAUCAGAGGAUGCUGGUAGUCCUUCUUCAGGCUAAUAGAGAUCCUGAUGGCAGAAUUGAUGCAGGUCUAGUUGAGCAAGAUGCUCAGGUCUUGUUUAAGGCUGGAGAGCUGAAAUGGGGAACAGAUGAAGAAAAGUUCAUCACCAUCUUGGGAACUCGAAGCGUCUCACAUUUACAGAAGGUGUUUGACAAAUACAUGACUAUUUCUGGCUUUCAAAUUGAAGAAACCAUUGACCGGGAAACCUCUGGUGAUUUGGAAAAGCUGCUUCUUGCUGUUGUGAAAUGUGUCCGAAACGUACCUGCCUAUUUUGCUGAAUGCCUCUUUUAUUCCAUGAAGGGAGCUGGUACUGAUGAUGAUACCUUGAUCAGAAUCAUGGUUUCAAGAAGUGAAAUUGAUAUGCUGGACAUUAGACGUGAACUAAGAAAGAACUUUGCAAAAUCCUUGUACCAGAUGAUUCAGAAAGAUACAUCUGGGGACUACAGGAAAGCACUCCUGCUCCUCUGUGGUGGAGAGGAUGACUGAUGCCAUCAGUGACAUGAAGAAUUCAUCCUGCUCUUGCCUUGCAGCCCUGCAAUUACCCUGUCUUGCUCUGUUCUUGUAUGAUAAUGCUUUGUGGCUGCUUAUAUUUACACCAUUAUCAUGAUUGUCAAAAAUGGGCAUCUUGUUAUGCGAGUGCUAUACAGUCUCUCUUACUACUGCCAUCCAAGUAGAAGUCUGUGUGUCCCAACCCCUGGGAAUUUUUAAAGUGCCUUUUAUGAAUAUGCGAGUGUUCUCCUCUUCAUGGAAGCUGGGCACUAAACCAAGAAUCUGGUUCUUUCAAGAUAUUUUGCUGACUUCGGGGGGGGAAAAAACCCCAACACAUUCCAAGAAGAACUGAAAUAGAAUUGAACCUCAUUUUUUUUUACUUCACUUACUCCGCUCACUGCAUUUCCAUUAAAAUAUUAGGCAAGCUUUAAAAUUAUGAAUGAAGGAAAAUUAUUCGUUAUAUAUCCUAUCCGGUGCUAUUAAAAUAACAUUGCUAACUAACAUUGUGAGCUGUCAUUGGAGAUGUAAUGGACCAAUAAACUUUUGCCCUUCUCAA